UCUUUGGCCCUCUUUGCUCCCCCCGUUUCCUCCUCCCUCGUCCCGUCGCAGGCCAAUACUUCCUCCAUCUUCCCUCCCUCCCUCCCCACCCUCGGCCCUAGGUCCAUUCCCAAUUGUCUCUUCAGCCCCUUCGCCGCUGCAGCCCUGGCGCAGAAGAUAGGCAAAUCCGUCCGCCGGCCCGGCGCCCCCUCCCUCGCCCGGAUCUUCGCCGACGUCAACGUCCAGCGCCCCAAAGAAUACUGGGACUACGAAUCGCUCACCGUCCAAUGGGGGGAACAAGAUGAUUACGAGGUCGUUCGGAAGGUUGGAAGGGGAAAGUACAGCGAGGUUUUCGAAGGGGUGCACGUCACGAACAAUGAGAAGUGCGUUAUUAAGAUUCUAAAGCCAGUCAAAAAGAAAAAGAUCAAGAGAGAAAUAAAGAUAUUGCAAAACCUUUGUGGCGGGCCCAACAUUAUCAAGUUACUUGAUAUUGUCAGAGAUCAGCAAUCAAAGGCACCUAGUCUGAUUUUUGAAUAUGUCAAUAACACUGACUUCAAAGUUCUUUAUCCAACAUUAUCAGAUUAUGAUAUUCGAUACUACAUUUAUGAAUUGCUGAAGGCCCUUGAUUAUUGCCACUCCCAAGGCAUCAUGCAUCGAGAUGUUAAACCUCAUAACGUUAUGAUUGAUCACCAACAAAGAAAGCUUCGUCUUAUUGACUGGGGGUUGGCUGAGUUGUAUCACCCAGGACAAGAGUACAAUGUUAGGGUUGCCUCAAGGUACUUCAAAGGCCCAGAACUUCUUGUUGACUUGCAAGAUUAUGAUUAUUCACUUGACAUGUGGAGCCUUGGCUGUAUGUUUGCUGGGAUGAUUUUCCGGAAGGAGCCAUUUUUUUAUGGGCAUGAUAAUUAUGAUCAGUUGGUCAAAAUAGCAAAGGUGCUUGGAACAGAUGGUUUAACUGCAUAUCUCAACAAAUACCAUCUAGAGCUGGAUCCACAGUUCGAAGCACUUGUCGGAAGGCACAGCAAGAAGCCAUGGGUAAAAUUUAUAAAUUCCGACAACCAGCACGUCACAGUUCCUGAGGCUGUCGACUUUGUGGACAAACUGCUAAAAUAUGACCACCAGGAGAGGCUCACAGCAAAGGAAGCGAUGGACCAUCCUUAUUUCAAUCCGGUGAGAAAUGCAGAAAGCUCCAAGACUCGUUCUUAAGCACUUGAGCCAAAUAGCUUUGUCUGUUGAUUCUCUAGUGUACUGACUGUUGUGCAUUUUUUUUGCAAAAUCCUGUGCUGUUGUUGAAUUGCAUCCCGUGAAUAUGGGCACAGUUCAUGAGUUAUCUUCAUCUGUUCAUGCGAAUCAGAUUAGUAAACUCAGUCUCACAAAUUCAUCUUUUUUUUUAUAUCAAA